GAAAGGUCCCGGGGGGGCGGGGCCUCUGAAUGGCUCCGCGCUGAUCGGGCAGGGCUGGGUGAAUGCCAUUCUGUCUGGAGCAGAGCCUUGACUUCUUCCCUCCUCCACCCAUGAGGGGAUGCAGCUCCCGGAAAGUGAACUGUACUUUAAUGUAAUACAGGUUGUAUUCUACGGAUGGGAACUUUUAAGGUUUAUAAUGUCAAAGACUUUUCUUAGACCAAAGGUGUCUUCCACAAAGGUAACAGAUUGGGUACACCCAUCAUUUGAUGACUUUGCAGAGAAUACAGGCAUCUCCACUAUUAUUGCCACAUCAAUAGGUGUGAAUAACUCAUUUCAUAGAAGAAAAAAUGUGCCUUCUACAUUAGGAAGAAGCAAAUUUACUACUAGAAAAAGUGGAAAACUGUCUUCCUCAGAAGAGAAUUAUAGACUAGCAAAUUCAAAAGAACAUUGGUGUGAAAAUGAACCAUGGGUGGAAAUGUAUAAACCAGAAACUCAGCAUGAACUUGCUGUGCAUAGAAAGAAAAUUGAAGAAGUUGAAACCUGGUUAAAAGCUGAAGUUUUAGAAAGAAAGCCAAAACAGGGUGGUUCUAUUUUAUUAAUAACGGGUCCUCCUGGAUGUGGGAAAACAACAACUGUAAGAAUACUGUCAAAAGAGAACGGCAUUCAAAUACAAGAGUGGGUUAACCCAGUCAUACCAGACUUUCAAAAGGAUGAUUUCAAGCAGAUAUUUAGUCCUGAAUCAAGCUUCCAUAUAUUUCCCUAUCAGCCUCAAAUAGCAGUUUUUAAAGAGUUUCUACUAAGAGCAACAAAGUAUAAUAAACUACAAAUGCUUGGAGAUGAUCUGAGAACUGAUAAGAAGAUAAUUCUUGUUGAAGAUUUACCUAACCAGUUUUAUCGAGAUUCUCACACCUUACAUGAAGUUCUAAGGAAGUAUGUACAGAUUGGUCGGUGUCCUCUAAUAUUUAUAAUCUCCGAUAGUGUCAGUGGUGAUAAUAACCAAAGGUUACUGUUUCCCAAAGAAAUUCAAGAAGAGUGUGCUAUAUCAAACAUUAGUUUCAACCCUGUGGCUCCAACAAUUAUGAUGAAAUUUCUGAACCGAAUAGUUACAAUGGAAGCCAAUAAGAGUGGAGGGAAAGUUACUGUCCCUGAUAAAACUUCACUAGAAUUGCUCUGUCAAGGAUGUUCUGGUGAUAUCAGAAGUGCAAUAAACAGCCUCCAGUUUUCUUCUUCAAAAGGAGAGAAUAAUUUAUGGCUGAAGAAAAAAGGAAUGUCUUCAUUAAAAUCUGAUGCUGCACUAUCAAAAUCAAAACGACGAAAAAGACCUGACAACAAUUUUGAAGAUCAAGAGUUCCAAGCUGUUGGUGGCAAAGAUGUUUCUCUUUUUCUCUUCAGAGCUUUGGGGAAAAUACUCUAUUGUAAAAGGGCACCUUUAACAGAAUUAGACUCACCUCGAUUGCCUUCUUAUUUAUCAGAGUAUGAACGGGAUACAUUACUUAUUCAACCUGAGGAAAUAGUAGAAAUGUCACACAUGCCAAGAGAAUUAUUUAAUUUAUAUCUUCACCAAAACUACAUAGAUUUCUUCACGGAAGUAGAUGAUCUUGUAAGAGCCAGUGAAUUUCUGAGUUUUGCAGAUAUCCUGAGUGGUGACUGGAAUAAACAUUCUUUACUCAGGGAAUACAGUACAUCUAUAGCUACUAGAGGUGUGAUACAUUCCAAUAAAGCCAGAGGAUUUGCUUAUUGUCAAGGAGGAGGAUCAAGUUUUCGACCUUUGCACAAACCCCAGUGGUUAUUAAUAAAUAAAAAGUAUCGGGAAAAUUGUCUUACAGCAAAAGCACUUUUUUCUGACUUCUGCUUACCAGCUUUAUGCCUCCAAACUCAGCUGUUGCCAUACCUUGCAUUGCUAACAAUUCCAAUGAGAAAUCAAGCUCAGAUUUCUUUUAUCCAAGAUAUUGGAAGGCUUCCUCUAAAACGACAUUUUGGAAGAUUGAAAAUGGAAGCCCUGACUGACAGGGAGCAUGGAGUGAUAGACCCUGACAGCGGAGAUGAAGCCCAGCUUAACGGAGGUCAGCCUGCGAAGGAGGCAAUGGGGGAGCCCACUCAAACGGUGGAACCCGAAACCUGGUCUCUUCCUUUGAGUCAGAAUAGUGGAAGUGAACUGCCUGCCAGCCAACCUCAGCCCUUCUCAGCCCAGGGAGACUUGGAUGAAGAAGACAUUGCCAUCAUAGAAGAUUAUGACAGUGAUGGAACAUAAAAACCACUUUGCCUGUCACAUUGCUAUUCGACAAUUCAUUCUAUUCAGUGGUACUUGGACAGAAAUGAUAUACUUUUA